AUGUCUUCAGCCUCUGUUCAUCCAAGCCAGCCUGACAACCUUACCAAACCUUGCCCUAAACACAUGAAAGAAAUGAUGAAGUUCUACUGUCAGAACCACAAAGAAUUACUUUGCAGUGUAUGUGUUACUCUGGAACACACAGGUACAUCUUGCAAAGUCAACUACAUCCCCGAUAUUUCUGGCCAGGUCAUUAACAGUAAAGAACAUCAAGACAUCUUGAAAACUAUGGAUACCAUUAUUGAGCAAUGUUGCAACAAAUAUGAAGAUGUGAAGAAAAUUACAGCAAAGUCCAACAGUUCUCUGACAGAUGUACUGGCUGAUAUAAAAAAGUUUCGAAAAGAAAUAAACCAAAAACUAGAUGAACUGAAAAAACAAGCUGAAGAUGCAGCAAAAGCUAUCCAACAAGAAAAUAACAACAACCUGAAGAGAGUAGAAACAACUUGCCAUGAUGUAACCGAAUCUCUCAAGGCAUCAUCUGAAACUAUUAAACAUCUCAACACAUCUAAACAAGCAGACAAACUUUUCAUGGAGAUGAAAUCAGCUGAGAAAAUGAUCAAAGGUUACAAGAAAUGUGUCCACCAGCUAGCAGCAUAUGAUAUCAAAGAGUACAACUUCAUACCAAAUAAAUCAAUAUCAACCCUACUUGACAAGGAGAGGUUCCUAGGUACAUUCGAAGAAAAAUCAUUAAAACAACCAAGUCCUCCUCCAGCUGUUGAUAUUAAAUCAAGACAGACUUCAUAUCAGGAUGCAAUCUGUGUAAAGACAUCAAAAGAUAAAGACAGAUGCCAUAUAACAGGAAUGAUUGUCCUUACUCCUGAUCUAAUUAUCAUCACUGACUGGAAUAACAAGGCUGUAAAAAUGGUGGAUACCUGCAGUCAAUCUGUUACAGAUCAAUUACAACUAGAUACUGGGCCAAGUAAUGUCACCUCAAUUACCAGUACAGAACUUGCUGUCACACUUCCUCUUAAACAAAAUAUUCAGUUUAUAUCAGUCUCCUCAAACGAACUCAAUAAGAAACAAACUAUGAAGGUUGAUGGAAAAUGUCAUGGUAUCAGAUGCUGUCAGGGAAAACUUGUUGUGUCAUUUGUUAAACCUGCAAAACUCCAAAUUCUUGAUAUCAAUGGUACCAUGCUGACAACAGCCAGAGGAGGAAAUAUUUUCAGCUGGCCAGUAUAUGUUACCACUAACACAAAUUCUAUCUAUGUAUCAGACUGGAAAAUGAAAACUUUUGCAAGGAUAAAUUGGCAGGGUGAGGUGAUUGGUAGUUAUGGUGGUAUGGCUGAGCCUUGUGGUAUAACACUGUCAAAUGAUGGUACAGUUUUUGUGUGUGACAGGCAGAGAAAUGUUAUAGAAGAGAUAGCAGGUGACUGUUCUACAGGAAAGGUUGUGUUAAACAACCUCGAUCAUCCUAGAGCUAUCUGUUGGUGUGCUGAAACAAGUAAACUUUACUUCAGCUGUGCUACUAGACAAGAGAAACAUGAAAACUUUCUUCAGAUGGAUGGUGAAGAUGAUUAUGACGUUAUAGAGGAAGCCAAAACUCAACAGGCAGCUCAGUUUGGCUGGUUCAGUGAUCUAUACUGUUUUGAUACAGUUCAUUUGAAUAAAAAUCUGGAGGCAAGAAAGAAUAAAAUAGGAAUAUUCUUUGGUGUCAAGGAUUGA